ACCCAUUUACUGUCUUCUUUCUUCAGGGGUGGAAUCACCGAAGCGAUCACCUUCAUCGCCAUCGAUUGUGUUGAUGGCCAGCAAAGCUGGAACGCAGUGAUUUUGUGAUGAGAUUUUAGUUUUUAAUUAAAUCAAAACCAUGCAUGCAGCUCCUUCGUUUAAGCACAAGAGAUGGAAUCUCCAUAGGAAGUUAGCUGAUUCGCUUAUGGUUAAAAUGGUGUUAACGUGGAAACAGUGGUGGCCAAAGAACGCCUGAGCUGAGCUUUCAUGUUGAAGUAGCGGUCAAAUUGAUCCCACGAUCGAAUCCGAUGACAAGUAUAUUAACUCUACAAAUAGGACCGUAUAUACAACAAAAACUAAUAGCAUAGAAUGUGUCUCUUGUAAAUGUCAGCUUACAAGGAGUUACCAUCGAUCAAAUUUUAUGUUUGAAGAAAGGUGAAAAACAAGUGAUUUUUGUGUUGAUUAUCAUUGAACAGUUGUCGUCGAUUGGCACCGGAUUGGACGAAAAGCAUUCAUGAAUAUUAAUGGAUAACACAGUUUUCACAGCUGGUUUCGAAGAUCUGCAACGGACAUUGCCUCGGGCAUUGCCUCUCUGAUGGUGUUCAAGGAAGCUUUUACACAGAAACUCCAUUUUACUUUCUCAGUGUACUUACUUUAAUGAGAAAGAGAUAGGUGUUGCUGGAAGGAGAGCAUUUGGAUACCAAAAAUGGCGAUACGCCUAGGAAUAAAACGCCGAGUUGUUGGACUGAUGGCGGUAACGAUCCCUUCAUUAAUCACCGUGUUUCUUGCCUUCCAAAGACACUAUUCGGUUUUCAGUCGGACUGGAAGAGAUCGACAACAAAUCGACCAUCGAGCCAUCACUGACCAUCCCUUACACAAUUGCUCAUGCUAUAUGAACUACAUCAGGAGCCAUGGUGGAAGUAUCGGAGGACCAGAGUUAAAAGUUGACGAUAAAAGUAGUGUCAAGACAAUCUCAACGCAGUUUUCACCGAGUAGGCCUAGUAAUGAAAAUAUUGCAUCUCCAACGGUUGAGUCCCCUAAAACUUAUUUGCAAGAACCGAUAGAUAAACAUCUUUUUAAUUACAUCCAUAAUCCAGAGAGAACUUGUUUUCACGAGAAUGGCACUGAAAUGGAUGUCUUUCUUGUAUUCUUUGUCUUAUCAGCACCAAACAAUUUCGAGCAACGUGAUGCCAUCCGGAGGUCCUACGGUAUGAGAGAUACAUGGCCAAGCACUGGCGGUGGGCAAGUCGUGACGGUAUUUUUGCUGGCUUCCACCAGCAAACCAGAGCUGCAGGAAAAGAUCGACACCGAGUCCACUAACAAUGGAGACAUCGUACAAGAAACCUUUGUUGAUUCGUACCUGAACCUGACGCGUAAGACAUUCAUGGGACUGAAAUGGGUCAAGAACCACUGUAGACACGCAAAGUUCGUCAUGAAGAUUGAUGAUGACACUUCAGUCAUCCAACCACGCCUUCUCACAAUCCUACGCAAUGCAAACCACACUAAUUAUACAUUGGGGCACGUCUUCAAGGAACCAAUUGUGAUGCGUAACAAAAAGAAUAAAUUCUACUUGUCCAAGGAAUACUAUCCCGAUGAUCACUUCCCUCCCUACCCCGUUGGCCAUGGGUAUGUCAUGACGACAGACGUGGUCGAAGCCGCUUUCAACGUCGCUGUCACUAUUCCCAUGUUCCCUUGGGAGGAUGUCUUCUUCGGUACAUGUCUUCAAAAGCUCAAUAUACAGCUGAAUCACGAUACAGAUUUCUUCUUCUGGGGAAAAUACACUGCACUUCUGACUGGCAAUGUGAAAACGAUAUCAAACAAACACGUUAUAGCAACAGAUAUCCCUCCAAAGGACAUGGUUCGUUUCUACCAAAGAUUCGUGAUGACGUGAUGAAAAAGAAAAUGAAGGCAUAAGACCCUGUGUAGAGAUUUAAUUCAGUUUGUGAAUUCGUUGCAGUGUCUAAAACCCGAUGUUUCUCAUUCGAACAGAGAUGUUCCAAGUGUGGAUACGAGCAUUUCACGUAACUUAUGCCAUAUUACUUGUUGUAACAACAACCACAUUACUUACUUUGGUUUACUUUGGUGUUGAGGCUUGAAGCUUCUGUUAAUGUGCCCCUCGUUACUUGGUUAGAUGGGGAUUGUAAGGGUUGUACUUAUAAGUGGAUAUAAUCUCCAGUGUUUCUCAAAUUGAUUCUUAAAGCUGUUCACACUCCGGACAGAGAUUGACAUUUGUCUCUUCCUGGACCUACAUGCAGGUUUUCUCACUUUGCAAUUAUGCCCUCUAGUCCGGGGGGUGUUUCAUCAAUAUUUUCGUCCGACAAGUUGUCAGAUCUGACAACUUUCCUGGAUUCUGAUUGGUUGAGAAG